CUAAAGGCUGAGCAUGUCUGGGCAGUGGCUGCAUAAUUUGGAUGGAGUCAUCACUGAUGAGGCAGAGUUGGCUCAGCCAGGGAGCACUCGUUGCUCUUUUAAACUCCACGGCACCAGGGAUGAAGUCACCUUUCUUCUUUUAAAACCAACAGAUUUGCCCUGUGAGUCGCUGUCACUUCUAUCAGAACUUGUUGUUUUUUCCACUGCCAGUCACCAGGACCUUCUCUCAGCAGAUUCCAUUUGAUCUGAGAGCAGCACAUACAAGAGACUUACUAGAAGCAUGGACCUCAGUGAAAAAUGGCCUUUGGAAGAAGGAACCUGGUUGUCUCAUGCUGGAAUCCAUCAUUUUGCCAACACUAGAGGGGACAGUGAGUUUGUGGAAGCCUCUCCCGCGCCCUACAGCUCAGAGGAGUUAGGACCCGCUCCUGUUUGUUACAGUCCCAGUAGUCCUGUCCAGAUUCUAGAAGACCCCAACUACUUUUUCCCAGACUUUCAGCUCUAUUCUGGGAGGCAUGAAGCAUCUGCUUUGACGGUGGAGGCGAACAGUAGCAUUAGGGAAAAAGUUGUUGAGGAUCCUCUUUGUAACUUCCACUCCCCAAACUUCCCGAGGAUCUCAGAGGUGGAAAUGAGAGGUUCCGAGGAUGCGGCAGCUGGAACAGUAUUACAGCGGCUGAUCCAGGAACAACUGCGGUAUGGCACCCCGACUGAGAACAUGAACUUGCUGGCCAUUCAGCACCAGGCCACAGGGAGCGCAGGACCAGCCCACCCUACAAACAACUUUUCUUCCACGGAAAACCUCGCUCAAGAAGACCCACAAAUGGUCUACCAGUCAGCACGCCAGGAACCCCAGGGUCAAGAACACCAGGUGGACAAUACGGUGAUGGAGAAACAGGUCCGGUCCACGCAGCCUCAGCAGAACAAUGAGGAACUGCCCACUUAUGAGGAGGCCAAAGCGCAGUCCCAGUUCUUUAGGGGGCAGCAGCAGCAGCAACAGCAACAGCAGGGGGCUGUAGGUCAUGGUUACUACAUGGCUGGGGGCACCAGUCAGAAGUCCCGGACUGAGGGGAGGCCCACAGUGAACCGUGCCAACAGUGGACAGGCACAUAAGGAUGAGGCGCUGAAAGAACUUAAGCAGGGCCACGUCCGCUCUCUCAGUGAGAGAAUCAUGCAGCUGUCAUUGGAGAGGAACGGUGCCAAGCAACACCUCCCUGGGUCAGGGAAUGGAAAAGGGUUCAAGGCAGGAGGGGGACCCUCCUCAGCCCAGCCUGCAGGUAAAGUUCUGGACCCCCGGGGACCUCCACCCGAGUACCCCUUCAAGACCAAGCAAAUGAUGUCUCCGGUCAGCAAGACCCAGGAGCAUGGACUUUUCUACAGUGACCAGCACCCUGGGAUGCUCCAUGAGAUGGUCAAGCCCUACCCUGCUCCUCAGCCUGCGAGAACAGAAGUGGCCGUCCUGAGGUACCAGCCGCCCCCAGAGUAUGGGGUAACAAGCCGCCCAUGCCAACUUCCUUUCCCGUCAACAGUGCAGCAGCACAGCCCGAUGUCCUCCCAGAACUCCUCUGUCAGCGGGCCUCUGCACUCCGUCUCCUUGCCACUUCCGCUUCCCAUGACCCUGGCAGCUCCACAGCCCCCGCCUGCCGCCUCCCCUAGCCAGCAGCUUGGUCCAGAUGCGUUUGCGAUCGUGGAGCGAGCCCAGCAGAUGGUGGAGAUACUAACAGAGGAGAACCGGGUGCUUCACCAGGAACUUCAGGGUUACUAUGACAAUGCUGACAAGCUCCACAAGUUUGAAAAAGAACUUCAGAGAAUUUCGGAAGCCUAUGAGAGUCUGGUCAAGUCUACCACCAAGAGAGAGUCACUGGACAAGGCCAUGAGAAACAAACUAGAAGGCGAGAUUCGGAGACUUCAUGAUUUCAACAGAGACCUCCGAGAUCGUCUGGAGACUGCCAACAGGCAACUGUCCAGCAGGGAAUAUGAUGGGCAUGAAGACAGAGCUGCGGAGGGACUUUAUGCUUCCCAGAAUAAAGAAUACUUGAAGGAAAAGGAGAAGCUAGAAAUGGAGUUAGCAGCAGUGAGGACUGCGAGUGAGGACCACCGGAGACACAUUGAGAUCCUGGACCAGGCUCUGAGCAAUGCCCAGGCCAAGGUCAUCAAGCUGGAAGAGGAGUUACGAGAGAAGCAAGCAUAUGUUGAGAAGGUGGAGAAGCUGCAGCAGGCCCUGACCCAGCUGCAGUCAGCAUGUGAGAAGCGAGAGCAGAUGGAGCGGAGACUGCGGACCUGGCUGGAGAGAGAGCUGGAUGCGCUGAGAACCCAGCAGAAACAUGGAAAUGGCCCACCAACCAGCAUGCCAGAAUACAAUGCCCCGGCUCUCAUGGAACUCGUGAGGGAGAAGGAGGAGCGGAUCCUGGCCCUAGAGGCCGACAUGACCAAGUGGGAGCAGAAGUACCUGGAAGAGAGCACCAUCCGACACUUUGCCAUGAACGCUGCAGCCACUGCCGCAGCCGAGAGGGACACGACGAUCAUCAACCACUCGAGGAACGGCAGCUAUGGUGAGAGCUCGCUGGAGGCCCACAUCUGGCAGGAGGAGGAGGAGGUGGUACAGGCCACCAGGAGGUGUCAGGACAUGGAAUACACUAUUAAAAAUCUCCAUGCCAAAAUCAUAGAGAAGGAUGCCAUGAUUAAGGUCCUUCAGCAGCGAUCCCGUAAAGAUGCCGGGAAGACCGACACCUCAAGCCUGCGGCCUGCCCGCUCUGUGCCGUCCAUUGCCGCAGCCACUGGGACCCACUCUCGCCAGACCUCUCUUACCAGUAGCCAGUUAGCCGAAGAGAAGAAGGAAGAGAAGACCUGGAAGGGGAGCAUAGGGUUGCUGCUGGGGAAGGAGCACCAUGAACACGCCUCCACCCCCGUGCUGCCCACCCCACCCGCCGCAGCGCUGGCCCCCACAACCUCUGCCACGUCUGCCAGCAGCGCCCACGCCAAGACGGGCAGCAAGGACAGCAGCACCCAGACAGACAAGAGCGCUGAACUCUUCUGGCCCAGCAUGGCCUCCCUGCCCAACCGCGGCCGGCUGAGCGCGACCCCUUCCAACAGCCCAGUCCUGAGACACCCAGCGGCCAAAGGGGCUGCAGAGAAACCAGAGAACUCUCUUGGCCAUGGGAAGUCACCCGAGCACAAAGGCCGCGUCAGCAGCUUGCUCCACAAGCCCGAGUUUCCUGACGGAGAGAUGAUGGAAGUUCUCAUCUAACAUUGGCCUCCCUGCUGAAUUCCGUAACAGAACAUUGACAAACGAGGAACGUGGCAGAGAGGGAGAGGAAAGAUCGAGAAGGUUGUGGAUGGGAAAUCAGAAAUGAUUUGAACUGAUAAGGAUUUCAGAUUACUAAGAACACUUUUCAUAAAUGUUCAGAAAAAAAAA